UGCUGCUGCUGAGAAUGCGGGGGGAGUUGUAGUCCAGCAGCCGCCUAGUCGUUGCUGCCGGCCCUGCUGCUCCGUGAACUGGAAGGGGCGGCGGCAGCAGCGGAGACCGGGCUCACCCCGCCGCCCGCGAAGGGAAGGUGGGGCCGCUGCCGUUGAGGCCCGCCCCUGAGAGGCGGCAGCCCUGCCAGCCCGGCCCGUGGCGCGCUUGCUGGCUGCUUCUGCUGCCGCCGCGGCCAUGGCGUCGUCGUCGUCGUCGUCGUCGGGCCCGGCGCUGCUGUUCGAGCGGGAGCUGGCGCGGCGGGGCGGCCGCGGCGGGGAGCGGCUCCGGCUGGCGCAGCGCUCGGCCGGCGGGACGGGCUCGGUGGUGUGGGACGCCGCCCUGGUGCUCGCCCGCUUCCUGGAGAAGAGCGCGGCGGCCGAGGAGGAGGAGCUGGAGGGAGAAGCAGCCGCCGCCGCCGCCCCCGGCCCAGGCCGCCGCCGCCUCCUUCCGCUCCGGCGCAAGGCCGUGCUGGAGCUGGGCGCCGGCCCCGGCCUGGUGGGCCUCAUGGCCGCCUGCCUCGGAGCAAAUGUUACCGUUACGGAUCUCGAGGAAGUUCAAGAUCUAAUAGAAAUGAACAUUGAGAACAACCAGCAUCUUCUCACGGGGUCCAUUCGAGCCAAGGUAUUGAAAUGUGGGAGUUCUGUCCUGCUCUUCUUCUUGUCAAGGGGUGAAGAAGUGACAGAUUUCCUUCCUGCACCGGAUUACAUAUUGAUGGCAGACUGCAUCUACUAUGAAGAGUCACUGGAGCCAUUGCUGAAGACCCUGAAGGACCUGGCAGGCCCUGAAACCCGCAUCCUUUGCUGCUAUGAAGAAAGGACUCUAGGGAAGAACCCGGAAGUGGAGAAAAGAUUCUUUGAGCUGCUUCAAAGGGGUUUUGAGUUGGAGAAGGUUCCCCUGGAUGAGCAUGAUGAGGAGUACCGGAGUGAGGACAUCCAUAUCUUUAUCAUCCGAAGGAAGAAAGUGAAUCCUCCAUCGUGACACCUUUUGGAUGCUUUGUGUCUCUCCUGCUUUCUGAUGCUCUGCAGCUGGUGGGAACUGUGGAGAAGAGAGGGAAGAAGGGCAUGUUUGCUGAAACAACCAGCAUUUCUUGGUGGAUCCUUCGCAGAAUGUCUGUGUUUUCAAAAGUGGAUCAAUGAGCACCAUGUUUGAGAGCUGCAGAUGCAAACAACCCAAAGCUCUCUUAUCUGUCCACAUGGGAGCUGGUUACAGGAGAAGGACCACUUGGGGAUCAGAUGAGCAUAGAUUUCUAAUGCACAAAGUCAGAGGAAGGGUACAUUUGUACUUCUUAUCUAGCCCUCUGUUUGGAGGAUGAUCUGUUUUCUUAAACUGUUACUAGAAAUUUAUAAUAAAGUACAUUGACAUCAAA